CCCUACUGCUCUGGUCAAGUCUCCGGACGCCUCGCCGACACCGACGCUUCACGGUGGUAUGCGGACUCCCCGUGUGAGCUUGAGUGAUGUCAAGUCUCCGAAGGGGCCCGCCGACUCCGUUCCUGAUACGGCAGACGAAGCCACCCCUGACGCCUUGGUCGUAGACUGGGACGGUCCCGACGAUCCCCAAAACCCCAAGAACUGGAGCUUCAAACGCAAAUGGGUGGUCACUGCCAUUGCGUCCGCAUUCACUUUCAUCACCCCCGUUGGUUCCUCUAUGAUUGCCCCCGCUAGUCCGCAGGUGGCACAUGACUUUGGCGUCACUAGCGACGUCGUGAUGGCUCUCGAUACAUCAAUAUUCAUUCUUGCUUUUGCUGUUGGGCCUUUGUUUAUUGGACCUUUGAGCGAGAUAUUUGGUCGCUCCCGCGUCUUACAGCUGUCUAAUUUAUGGUUCCUUGCUUGGAACUUGGGAAGUAGCUUUGCCCAGAGCCAAACACAACUUCUAGUUUUCCGAUUUCUCUCAGGUCUGGGCGGUGGUGCCCCACUAUCGAUAGGAGGUGGAGUUAUUGGUGAUGUGUGGAGGGCAGAGGAGCGAGGGACGGCUAUGGCACUCUAUGGUCUUGCACCUAUUCUUGGACCUGUCGUUGGUCCAUUGACGGGGUCAUGGGUCGCUCAAUACUCGAACUGGAGAUGGGUGUUCUGGUCCCUCAGUAUAGCCGAUGUCUUUGUCGUCAUCCUAGGGUUCUUCUUUCUUCAAGAGACGUACGCUGUCGUCCUUUUGGAGCGGAAAGCCAAGCGCAUACGCGCUUCUAUGGAUCCCGAAAAGAGUCAGCACCGCGUUGUGCGCACGAUAUUUGAUAAGCAGGGCGAGCGGAGUUGGAAGUCAAUAUUCAAACAAUCAAUGUUCCGUCCCUUCGUUCUCUUCUGGUACGAGCCGAUUGUCCAAGCUCUCGGAAUCUACAUGGCCUAUCUUUACGGGAUUUUGUACUUGUGCCUCACGACCAUGCCGACCAUCUACCAAGACAUUUACCACAUGAAACUCGGCCCCGCAGGACUGAACUACAUCGCACUCGGUAUAGGUCUUUCAGGCGCAUCGCAGCUGAAUUCGCGGACCAUGGACAGAAUUUACGCAUACCUCAAGCGGAAGAAUGGGACCGAGGGCAAGCCAGAGUACCGUCUGCCUUCGAUGGCGAUAGGGACGGUUAUGCUGCCCAUCGGUUUGCUCAUAACGGGAUGGACUACUCAAGCACAAGUUCAUUGGAUUGCACCAGACAUCGGCAUCGCGAUUGUUGGCGCCGGCGUUAUCCUCAACUUCCAGUGUAUCCAGACGUACGUCGUCGACACGUUCACCUUGCAUGCCGCAUCCGCGUUGGCGAUGGUAAAUUGUCUCCGCUCAAUUGCCGGGUUCGGAUUUCCGCUGUUCGCGCCGACGAUGUACCAGGCGCUCGGGUAUGGAAAGGGCGACACAAUCCUCGCCGCUGCCGCGGUGGUGAUCGGAGGACCUGCUCCUCUGAUCUUUUGGUUCUACGGUGAAAAGAUAAGGCUUGCCAGCCGGUACGGCAAGUAGACCGAUAACGACUCUUAUCAUACAAAUUUAGUUGCCGCAUCCAACCAAUUACGCUAAUGACACUAGACAAAUCAACCACGACCUUAGACGCAAAAUGAUGGACAUUAUCUACCUUCUUUGCCACGGGCUUUCACACUGAUGAACUUGAAAACAUCACGAUAGAGUACUUUGCUUGGUUGCUAUCCAUGCUCUCGUAUCACUCGCAUUUCACGGUAUUUCUAACCUAGUUAUAUCCAUAGACGCAUUUUUGUAAUCAUUGACAUCACUACCCUGGAAUAUCAGUUUACGGGCUUCC